AUGGGCUAUUACAUCCCGCUCCCCGGCGUCGACUUGAUGCGACUGCCGUCCGCCGCGGUCGGCAACACAGAGGGCGAGCGCCUGAUGCGCGCGAUCUACGGCCAGGCUUCCGAGCUGCCCGCCAGCCUGUUUGACCUGGGCAUAUCCCCCCACAUCAACGCCAGCAUCCUGGUGUCCAUCCUCCUGCUGCUACCCAAGGAGCUAUUAGAGUGGCAGCCACUGGACAGGCUGAGGGAGGCGCGGAAGGAGGGCAAGUCGGGCGAGGCAGAAAUCAACGGCGUCAUUAACAACACGGCGCUGGCCCUCGCGCUCUGGACGGCCUUCACCCGCGCGCGGCAGCUGCUGCCGUACGCGCUGCUGCCGCAGUGGUUUGUGCCGCAGGCGACGAUGGCGCUGAUGGCUGGCACCUUCAUGGUGCAGCACUGCGCCAACACCAUCACCGCCGCCGGCAUUGGGAACGGCUCCACCCUCGUGAUCUGCAUGGGGAUCAUCACGGAGUAUGCCGACACCAUACACGCGGUGCUAACGGCCCUGGAGGCGUCUGCGCUGCCGCCGCUGCGCCUGGCGGCGCUGCUGGUGGGGUACCUGGGGCUGGUGCUGUUCACGGUGUAUCUCAGCAGCGCGGAAGUGCGGCUGCCGAUGGUGCAGUACAGCAGCACGCCGCCGCAGCCGCGCGGCGCGUCGAGCGGCGGCCAGGGGGAGCUGUUUGCGCAGGCGCGGCUGAUCUUGGACCGCCGCGCGGCGCAGUCUGAGGCUUCGGCCACGUACUUCCCCAUCCGCCUCAACUCCUCCGGCGUCAUGCCCAUGAUCAUCGCCUCUGCCGGCUACUACGGCCUGCUGCCGCGCUUCCUGGACCUCCUGGGAGCCCAGUCGGCCGUCGGCGUGCUGCACGCGUUCCAGGCCUCCCUGCCGGGGCUGCUGCUCUACGGCCUGCUGGUCUUCGCGAUGGAGUUCCUGCCGUUUGGCGCGGUCAACCCGCAGGAGGUGUCGGAGUACUUCAGCGCGAUCAACGUGGGCAUCAAGAGCGUGGCCCCCGGCAAGUACACGGUCGACUUCCUGCAGCAGAAGGUCCGCCAGUGCAAGUUCUGGGGCGGCCUCGCGCUCGGCGGCCUCGCCGUCGCCGCCCACGCGUUCGACGCGCUCUGCAACGCGGCGCUCGGCGUCAGCCUCGCGACGACGAGCCUUGUCAUCAUCGUCGGCGCGGUGCUGCAGACGUCGCGGCAGGUGGCGUCCCUGCGCGAGGGGCCCGCCCUGGAGCAGCGGCUGGACCAGGAGCGCAUCGUGAUAGGGUCGCUCGCACACAUGUGA